AUGAAGAAUAUUUACUGACUGAUCCUCAACCUGGUCUGCUUUGCAAUUCUUGUAUACCUGUGGAUUUUGAGAGUACAUUGCUCUGUCUUAAACAGCUGUCUAAAAUAAUGGAUAAGCAACCUACAUAUGCCGGACACUACCACUAGGAUCCUGGCUCAGCAGCAGGUAAGCUGCGAAACCCCUAUGGCCUCCAGCAGUGCCAGCCACCACUCACAUAAUCCCCUCAGCACAGUACCAGACACGAGGGUCUCAAGUGGGCCUCAGGGCAACAUCAGUGCUGUACCAGGGGGCAUGCACAACUUUAGUUGUUUUCUCCCAAGCCUUGUAAACCCACCCACAGCACCCUUUGCAUCUUUAAUUGGAAUUCAUAUUCUUAUAGUUGGAUGGAAAUAAGCCAAUGUCUCUGCAGCAAAAUAUAUUAUCCCAGUAAACUCUCAAUUCCUUGGAAGCUGGAGUUACACUGAGUUGGCUGCAUCCAUGCCCCCAUAUGUGGUUCAGUCUCUGAACUCUCACACUGAGUAUAUAUUCCAAGUAGUUUGGAUCAUCAUAGCUCAGUUGCAGCUAUAUUCUCCUUCCAGCUGCAUCCUCAGAAUUCAUCCUUAUGGAGCUAAUAAAGCAUUGAAGAAGAGUUUCAAACGUGGAAAUGACACAAACCAAAUGUCAUUGAGCAAAUUUCUGAUUGCUGCUACCUCUAUGCAUGACACUCUUCUCUCUAUUAUUUCACCUAAGAAAAUUGUAGCUGAUCCCUAUGAUGUUAGUCCUUUGGCUUGGCAGAGUUGGAUUUAUGAUGUGAAAAUCUCUGUUCAGGAUGGUACUAAGAUGGCUCAUAUCUUCCCCAACCUCAGUGGGACUUAGCUGAAAGUACCUGAGGCACAGAGCUUCACCUAAUAUGAAGUGACUAGGAGGAAAAAAAAGUUUGCCAAAGAGCCACCAUUUAUCAAGUCUGUGAAAGAGAAUGGACUUUGGAGUCAGCUAUUAAAUAGCUUUGGCCCAGAAGUGUUCUUGUCUUCAAAUAUAUGGAAUGUGUCAGAAGCUAAUUGGUAUAACAACAGCCUCUACUAAAGCAACAAUAAAGUGGAUGUUUACAUGUGGUUAAAGAGAAGAAUGGGUGUCUCCCAGGAUUAUUGCUUCUCCAGAAUUUCAGGAAUCUUUACUGGGCUAGACAAACAUGAACAUAUAGAAAUUGUGACCCACAAGUCUUCAGUCAAUGACACAGUGGUGAAUUCUGCCAGUAGAUACAUUUAUUGGACCAUAACAUAUUCAUUGAAGAGCACCAAACUGAAUGGAGAUUCCCUUACAUUACAGGCCCAGCCACGGUUUUCUGGGAAAAGGUGGCUGCUUAAUAAGAAAAUAACCUCUUUUACUUUCUUCACUUUGAACCUCAGUGAUGGCCUUCUUUAUUAGGUAGUAGAAGACGAUCAGUGCUUGAGCAAUCGACUCUUCUGGAUGAAUGAUUUUAGACUUAUCACAGCUCAGGAAAUAGGAAAGUGAUCCAGUAUCUCUAUUUCUGAUCCAGAAUUUAAUAAAUUCACAAUUGUCAGGAAGUCCUUCAAACCUCAUCCAGGAAAUUUUUCCUUUAUGCCUAAGGUGAUCCCCAGUUUUGUGCAAGAAUCUUCAUUUUGGAUUGAAGGGAAUGCUUCAAGUUUUUGAAUCCAGUGGAACGCAUACUCUGCUCUUCCUCUAGUGAGUAAUGCCAACAGCAUCAUUUGCCUUCCUUUGCUGUGGGAAGCCCUAUUUAAUCUUUCCGUGACAGCUUAUUGGGGAAAGGGACCCAAAUCAUAUCUAUCUUUUCCAGCACCUGAAUCAGGCUUAAUCAAAUUCCAUCAAUACCUGAAAUUCCAGGUACUGCAAAGCAACAAAUGUGAGAAUAAGACUAUUGUGGAAUUCAAGUGGAAUAACCUAGCAAGACGAGUAGCUAUGGAAAUUUUCUAUCACAUGUUCAACCCAAGUGACACACACAAAAAAGUGUUUACAGACUGGAUUAUUGUGAAUGUAACUCAUCAAGUCAUAUCAUUUCAACUAGAGGGAGUGGGUGCUGGGCAUAUUGUUCAGUUUCAGAUUCUCAGAGAUGCACUGGUCUUUGGUAGCAUCAUUACAGUUGACUAGAUUUCAAGAAAAUCCUACUUUGUGUGUAAAUAAGAAAGAACUGGAAUGCAAAUAUUUUAUAUCAAUCUCAAAUGUAAAGCCAAGUACCCCAGAGGGUUGAACUAUGUGUUCAACAAAGCCUCUACAAUGGGCUGCCAAAUUUUCUAGUACAAUAUUAUAAACAACAGCCUACACCAUAUUCUGCGGAACAGAAACAUCUCCCAUCAGAGUGAGGAAAACAAGUGCUCUCACUGAGGGACUGAACCUGAGUUAUGUGGCGCUGUGACUAUUGACACCUCCGACCCAAAGAAGCCACAGAUAUGCUUUCUGAGAAAGAAUGAGAUCUGGGCCAUGGAUCUGGAAGGAUGUGAAUGCUUCCAAGUUAUCCUGGGGCUUAAUCUGCAUGACAAGACUUUCCUGACUCUUCCUUCCACCACUGGGGCAUCAACUAUACUCAGUGCUACCAAUACCAGCUUUGCUACCAACUUACCACUUGCCAAAACAAACCUUACAUUCUGUGGUAUAAUACGAUCUACUUCAACAUAUCUGAUGUAUUACAAGAAAAUUAAUAAAGCAGUUGACUUCAUUAACAAAACAGUGCUCUCAAAUACCAAGUCCCAAGUGUCCUGAAAAGAUCCUAACAAGCUAAAUGGACCUGCAGAAUCAGUUGCAAUCACCCAUCCGGCUCCAAUUCUUAAAUCGCCUUUAAAUCAAACUGGAAUUCCAAGUAAGCCAAGAAUUUCCAAAUUACUGGAAGUGGAUAAAAAUUAAGUGGAAAAAGCCAAAGAUAAUGGAAAUAAUCUGACAUGCCACAUCCUUGAGUUGGAGAAAGGGAGUUGGAACAAUUCACAGGAAUGGGGCUUAGCGUGGAAGAUGGCAUUUAAUGGGUCCUGUGGGAGUAUUUGCAUGUGGAAGUCAAAGGUCCUAGAAGAAAUAUAGUUCUGAGCAGUAGCAACAAACAGCCUGGGGUUUGGUGAAUACAGUGAUAUCAGAGAUAAGAUUUCAUUGGAAGGAGUGACGCAUUUUGUUAACGAAAUCAAAGAGGUGGCAGAACUGGGGGGACUGGCCAGAGUAGUACUGGCUAAUGUAUACUAUGCCAUUCACUAUGACUCUUCUGACCCAAUAAGAGAUGAAUAUCUUCUUUCCUUUCCUUGGUAAAAGCUGACUCUGCAUCUUUUGAUGAGAAAUGGGGCCGUUGGAAAGGCAUUUGAAGGGACAGCAAAAGAUAUCAUAGGUUUUAGAAGCAAAGACAUCAAAAUAGCAGUGAAGACUCUAAAGAAAGGCUCAAUGGACCAGGAGAAGGUUGACUUCCUGAAGGAGGCACACCUGAUAAGCGAGCCUGAUCACUCCAAUAUUUUGAAACAACCCAUAGUUUUCAGUGAACCCCAAUAUAUCAUCAUGUAACUGACAGAAGGAGGAACACUUCUCAUGUACUUAUGCAAAGCGUAUACAACAAUGGUAGGAAAUAUGGUUCAUGGUGUUGGUCCUGUUCUCAUUUUGGAUGACCUUGUGAACACCUGUGUGGAUAUUUCAAAAUGCUGUGUCUACUCAGAACAAUUGCACUUCAUCCACAGAGAACUGGCUACUUGGAACUGCCUUGUGUCAAUGAAACACUAUACCAGUCCAUCCCGGAUAGUGAAAAUUGAGGACUUUGGACUUGCCAGAGACAUCUAUAAAAAUAAUCACUACAGGAAGGGGGAAGGGCUACUUCUGGUUCAUUGGUUGGCUCCAGAAACUUUGAUUGAUGGAAUAUUUACUACUCAAUCAGAUAUACAGUAAGCAUGGGCUUUUGGAAUUUUGAUUUCUGAGAUUUUAACUCUUGGUCAGCAGCCUUCUCCAGAUCAUUCCAAUUUUGAUGUUUAAUAUUAUAUGCAAUCAGAAGGAAGAGUGGAGGAACUGAGAAAUUACCCUAAUGAUUUUGAAGAUGGUGAUGUGGUUUAUGCCGAUUCAGCUGAUAUGCUUUCAGUAGCUUCCUUGGAAACCAAGGACAAGAAAGGCCUAAAUUACAUGGUAUUAGCUAAAGAAUGCACCCUAGAUCAACCAAAUUCAGAAAGUCCUCUUAACUCAGUAGAAAUGGUAUCCUUUGACCUUAGGAAAGAAGAGAAGGAAUCACACACAGACAAAGAAAUCUGCCAAGAUAAACAAGUGGCUUACUGCCCUCUUCUUGGCAAGCCUGAGAACAUGAACUAUGUUCAUCUCACUCACAGUGAUUGUGAAGAUGGGCCCGAUUAA